AUGAGGCCAAUAUUCAGCCUGGCUGUUGCCUUUCUGGCAGCCCUGGUGCCGCGGGUGGUGGUGGCCCAGGAUAUGUCUGCGGUGCUCCAGCAACUCCCACAAUGUGCGCUUUCCUGCCUUGUCGACGGCGUAACACACUCGUCCUGCUCCCAGGACUUAACGCCAGGCUGUAUCUGCAACAACGAAGCGCUUCAAACGAAUAUUUCGACAUGUGUCACCAAGCACUGUACGGUCAAGGAGUCGUUGGUGGCCAAAAACGCUACGGAUACAGCAUGCGGCCUGCCGGUGCGCAACCGGGCCUCCACGUACGACACGACAUCCAUGGUACUAGCCUCGAUCUCGAUCGGCCUCGUGAUCAUCAGGGUAUGCUUCAAGCUCUUUGUCAUGCGCAACAUGGCGAAGGACGAUUACGUGGUCAUUGUCCUAGUGCUCUUCGCCCUCCCCAGUCUCGUGCUUAUCCACAUCGGCACCGCGCCCGACACAGGCAAGGACAUCUGGGCUCUGCGACCUGACCAGAUCACGCACUUCCUCCUCUACUUUUACCUCAUGGCCAUCUUCUACUUCAUCCAGGUCGCCCUCGUCAAGCUGUGCCUGCUCUUUUUCUACCUGCGUAUCUUCCCCAGCCAGGGUGUUCGGCGGCUGCUCUGGGGCACCAUGGUCUUCACCGUGCUGUUCGGCGUCUUCUUCACGAUCCUCACCAUCUUCGAGUGCACCCCCAUGAGCUACUUCUGGAACCAGUGGGACGGUGAGCACGAGGGCAUGUGCCUCAACGUCAGCGCGAUCGCUUGGUCCAACGCCGCCAUUAGCAUCGCCCUCGAUGUCUGGAUGCUCGCGAUCCCGCUCGGCCAGAUCCGCUCGCUCAACCUGCACUGGAAGAAAAAGAUCGGCGUGGCCAUGAUGUUCAUCGUCGGCACCUUCGUCACCAUCGUCUCCAUCAUCCGCCUGCACGCCAUCGUCUCCUUCGCUAGCUCCGCCAACGUCACCUGGGACAACUUCCCCGUCCUGCUCUGGUCCACCGUUGAAAUCAACGUCGGCAUCAUGUGCACCUGCAUGCCCACCUUACGCCUCAUGCUCGUCCGCUACUUCCCCCGUCUCGGCGGCGGCAGCAGCUAUGCCAACCGCGGCCGCGGGUACUACCCAAGCAUUGGUGGUGGUGGUCCCCACGGCGGCCGAUCCGGCGGCGCUAGUGGUGCUGGUGGUGCCGGCAUGAGCGGCAGAUCCGGCAAACUGGGCGGUAGCGGCCUGGACACGAACGACAGGUCAAUGCUUAGCCACAAGGGUUUGCCCCUAGGCAACGUCGCGACCACAACCUUCGGGGGUGAUGACACCUAUGUCGGGCACGACGAUGACCUCACGACCAGGACGCCUGGGAGCAGCGGCAGCAUUGAUUCGAUGACCGCGUCCAAGGGCGCUACGGGGACGGGGAUCAUUCGGCAUCAGACGUUUGCCGUGCAGUAUGAUGACGAUGAUGAGACGAAUUUGGUGGAGAUGGGGGAGUUAAGGGGGAGAAACUUGGAGGCGGUGGGUGAGAAUGGGAUGCAAAGGCCGCAGAGGACGCAUCGGUUGCAUCCGCAGCAUCAGUAUACGAGGGACAAGGAGGAGGUUUGA